UGCAUAACGUCAGGGAAUGUCCUGCUGACGGUGCCCGUCCAAAUGAGGUAAAACCAAAGUCCUGCUCGUGUGUUUGUUAAAGAUAAAAAAUGCCAUUGUGUAAUGAUCGGGAUUUGAUGCCUGAUGGUCUGGUUGGAACCCAGCUCAGAUAAUCACGUGCCUCGCUAAAAUAUAUACCUUGAUCAUGCACGCUGCUUUAGCAGGUGGACUUCUGAAUCUCUCCAUGUGGGUGUGAAAAUCUGCUUGUGUGGAGUAGCUUGUAGGAUCAGGUUUAAGUUACAGUUCUGUAAAUAUUUGUGAGACUUAUCUCAUUUCUCCCUCCCCCCCCCCAUUUUUUUUUUAGAAUCAGCAUCCCAUUUUAGACCUUGUUGCCAUGUGUUUUGACUGACAUGGGUCUGCUCAUGUCUCAGUGUGCUGUGCUGCUACUAGCACAGUUGAGCCUGUUUGCCACUCAAUACACUACGCUGCCAGUGCUGAUAAAAGCACCACUGUGCAGGAGCACAGAUGGCAUCAACAGAUUGGGUGAUCUUUUUCUGUUUGGUGUAUACAUGAGACACUGAAACUUGGGAAAGAGAGGGAUAAGAUGAAGUUCUGGAACAAAAAGUUAAGGAAGGGGAGAGAUGGAAAUGUCACCAGUAAUUGUCCAUCCUUCAGCAUUGCUAUCUUGCCAUAAAAUCCAAGAUAGUGAGAAGUACCAAAGAGGGCAGGAAACUACAGUAUUACUUUCAUUUUAGCUACAGUUUCAAUGUCACAAGUGAAACUUCAAGAUUCAGAGGUUUGAUAGUGGGAAAUUUAGCUGGAGAUUACAGCCCAUAGGCCUAUAUACAAAGUAAGUUAAAGGCAAAGAAAUAAUAGCACCACUCUCCUUUUUCCAAAAUCUAAAAGAAAAUUCCACAGAUUUAAGAAGAGGUGGCAUCUGCCAUGCAUUCACAUCUUAGUUUUCUCUCUCAAUUAAGCAAGUAAUGUGUUGUUUCUUCUAGUCUUACUGCAACUAAAAUACUACAUUAGACUACAGAUGCUUCUAACCAUGCCAGGGGUCCAGACUUGUUGUGUAGACAGGCCCAAAACAUAAGUUCCAGAGUUCUUCAGCUUAUUGUCUUGCUUGUCUAAUCAGAAAAGUUGUAGCUCUCUACCCUUCCUUACAGUAAAAUGACAGAUGAGCACCCUUUCUUGUCUGCCUGUCACAGAAGCCUAGGACCAUUUCAAAACCCAUUUUUGUCUCAGCCAAAUCAGGACUAUUAGUGGCAUCUCUUCUCUGUCCAAACCUCACUUGCCAAAGCAAUCCAUGUGUGAGGGGAGUGGAUAAGAUCCCCUGGUGCCACUAUGUUACUUGGCUACUCUAGAAGGAGCAGAGAACAGGAAUGGUAGGGGAGAGCUAAUUAAAGAGAAACAAAGAAGCCAGGCAAGUGGCUUAAAAGUAGCUGCUAGCUAGUCUCUGCUGCCUGACUUCAUCCACCAACUAGGGAAAUGGAAGUGGGUAUGUUGAGGAUCCUUUUCCCCACUACUGCUGUCCAGUCUUUGCUGGGCUCUUCACAUCCUGCAUUUAUCCCUCCUUCCCCAGUUUCAAGGGGAAUAUUCACAAAUGAGUUGGGAAAUAAACAACCCUUGUAGCUCAGUCUUCCUUUGUUUUUGUUUUUUUUAACCACCACUUAUGCUGCAGGAUGAGUGUCAGCAGUCAUAUACAGCUGAAAGUUUCAGUCCCAGGAGAAGUUUUGUGCCUCCUCCAUGGAGUCCUACCCACAAGUUGGAACCACUGAUUUAUCUACAGGCUCUUUGGAAAUAUUACCUCCAGUGGAGUCGUAUCAUAGCACCUUAUAGCCAUCAUGGCAACAUCAUCUGAGGAAGUGUUACUGAUCGUAAAGAAGGUGCGUCAAAAGAAACAGGAUGGGGCUCUCUACCUUAUGGCUGAAAGGAUAGCAUGGGCACCUGAAGGCAAAGACCGAUUCACAGUCAGCCAUAUGUAUGCAGAUAUAAAAUGCCAGAAAAUCAGUCCUGAAGGAAAGGCUAAAAUUCAGCUACAGCUGGUAUUGCAUGCAGGGGACACAACCAACUUCCACUUCUCUAAUGAAAGCACAGCAGUGAAGGAACGAGAUGCAGUGAAGGACCUUCUUCAGCAGCUGUUACCCAAAUUCAAGAGGAAAGCAAAUAAAGAACUUGAGGAAAAGAACAGAAUGCUGCAAGAAGAUCCUGUUUUGUUUCAGCUUUAUAAAGACCUCGUUGUGAGCCAAGUAAUUAGUGCUGAAGAAUUCUGGGCCAACCGUUUAAGCUUGAACGCUGUGGAUAAUUCUGUGGCACCUAGUAAGCAGGAUGUGGGCAUCUCUGCAGCUUUUCUGGCUGAUGUUCGGCCUCAAACGGAUGGUUGCAAUGGUCUGAGGUAUAACUUAACUUCAGAUAUUAUUGAAUCCAUAUUCAGGACGUAUCCUGCAGUAAAAGUGAAAUAUGCAGAAAAUGUUCCACAUAAUAUGACAGAAAAAGAAUUCUGGACACGAUUUUUCCAGUCUCACUACUUCCAUCGAGAUAGGCUAAAUACAGGCUCAAAAGACCUCUUUGCUGAAUGUGCCAAAAUGGAUGAAAAAGGGUUAAAAACAAUGGUGUCUCAAGGGGUGAAAAAUCCACUGCUAGAUUUAACGGCCUUGGAGGAUAAAUCCUUAGAUGAGGGUUAUGGUGUUUCCUCUGUGCCAUCCACAUCAAACUCCUCAAAGUCCUUAAAGGAGAGUAGCAAUGCUGCCAUUAUAAAACGCUUUAAUCAUCACAGUGCCAUGGUCCUUGCAGCUGGGCUCAGAAAACAAGAAGCACACAAUGAUCACUACAGUGAGACCAGCAGUAUGGAUGGAAACUCCAGGGAUUCAGAUUUCUUUCAGCCACCAAUAAAAAAGGUAAAGCUACAGGAGGCUAUUGAAUAUGAAGAUUUAGGAAAGAAUAAUAGCAUUAAAACUAUUGCACUAAACCUAAAGAAAUCUGAUCGGUAUUAUCAUGGUCCAACUCCAAUUCAAUCACAGCAAUAUGCAACUAGUCAGGAUAUUAUUAAUUCUUUUCAUAGUAUUAGAGAAGAAAUGGAAGCCUAUGUACCCAGACUAACUCAGGUUCUUUCCAGUGGUGCUGCUACUAGCAGCAUCACAGCCCUGUCACCUGGAGGAGCACUUAUGCAAGGUGGGACACAGCAAGCCAUAAACCAGAUGGUGCCAAAUGAUGUUCAGUCUGAACUGAAACACUUGUAUGUGGCACUUGGGGAGCUACUACGACACUUCUGGUCCUGCUUUCCUGUUAAUACACCAUUCCUAGAAGAAAAGGUUAUGAAAAUGAAGAGUAACUUGGAAAGAUUUCAAGUUACAAAGCUCUGUCCGUUCCAAGAAAAAAUUUGGAGACAGUAUUUAAGCACAAAUUUGAUAAAUCAUAUAGAAGAGAUGUUGCAGACAGCCUACAAUAAGUUCCACACGUGGCAGUCCCGACGUAUGCUGAAGAAAACGUGAAGACUCCCGCUAUAAAGUUUGGAGAGGGAAAUCUGCAAUAGCUGUAGGAACACAACCUGGCAAAUGUGCAGUUCUUAGAUAUUGCAGGAACAUCUGCAACAUGUGGAUUCCUGGAAAUGUUCCUAACUGAACUUGCACAUUUUUUGGAAAAGGACCUGUGAUUAAACUUGAAACUAGGGAAAAAUUAAGGAAGAACCAAAACGGAAGAGCUGAGAGGCAAAAAAAAAAAAAAACCAUAUUUAAGAUGCUGUUUACUGCAGUUACUCAGGAACUGCUUUUGAUUUGCGUAAAGAGCUGCUUUCAGAAAUAAACUUU